UCGCCACCUCCACCUUGAACACCACCAAGUUCCCGAGAACAUGGGAAAAGCAAAGAAAACACGCAAAUUUGCGACGGUCAAACGGAUGCUGAAUCCGAAUGACAUACGGCUCAAGGAGAAUCAAGCGAAGCAAAGUUUGAAAGAGGAACAAGCCAAAGAGAAAUCGGUUCGAAGACUACCUCAGGUUGCUUCAUCCUUGUUCCUGUCUCACAACGCCGCUCUCGUGCCUCCCUAUCGCGUGCUCGUCGACACCAACUUCAUCAACUUCAGUCUGCAAAACAAACUGGAGCUGGUCAGUGGGAUGAUGGACUGCUUGUAUGCCAAAUGUAUCCCGUGCAUAACUGACUGCGUGAUGGCCGAGUUGGAGAAACUAGGGCAGCGGUAUAGGGUGGCUCUGAGAGUGGCACGGGAUCCCCGAUUCGAGCGCCUGAAAUGUUCACACUCGGGCACAUACGCAGAUGACUGCCUUGUUGAAAGGGUCACUUCGCACAAGUGUUAUAUCGUUGCAACCUGUGAUCGAGACCUCCGCCGUCGCAUCCGGCAGAUUCCUGGUGUUCCACUCAUGUACGUCGUGAAGAGGAAAUACGCCAUUGAACGACUGCCGGAUCAAGGAAUGCCCAUCUAAUACCGUCGAGUCGUGACGAUUCAUGUAUAUAUCAUAUGUAGCCCAUACGGAUUCCGUUGUAAUUUUGAAGUGCAUGAUCCAUCAUCGAUGAUCUUAUCACGGACUAAGAUAGAGUUCUCAUCUCCCGGCAUGUCUGCACUCGCUCCCCUCCUUGCGCACGUCAUCGAUGGACUUUCGAGGACACGCCCACUUUUUGUCGCGCUACAAGGGCCGCAGGGCUCCGGGAAAUCAUAUACGUCCAAUCUUCUCGUCGAGCAGUUGCGCUCUCGAUCCUUGAACGUAGCGCUUCUCUCACUAGACGACCUAUACCUCCCUCACUCGGGAUUGGUAAAGCUGGCUCGUGAUAACCCCACUAAUACACUCUGGCAAGGGCGUGGGCAGCCGGGCACACACGAUGUGUUGCUCGGAAUGGAGGUCCUCAGUCGAGUGAAGGCCGGCGCUGCCUCGGUGGAAUUGCCUCGCUUCGAGAAGAGUCUGUUCGAUGGCGAGGGUGAUCGGUUACCAUUGGGGUCUGGCGGCGCGCUCAUCGUUUAUCCUCCCGUUGACAUCGUUGUCCUCGAGGGGUGGUGUGUGGGAUUCUAUCCAAUCUCUCCGGCUGAGAUCGAUGAGCGAUGGGACGGUUCCUGGAAGGAAGAAAGCACGCGUCUUGGUCUCAGUGUGGAUUUCAUCAGGAAGGAAGAUAUCCUACGAGUGAACGAAGCUCUCAAAGAGUAUGUCCCCAUGUGGAAUCUCUUCGACAUCUUUAUUCAGCUCCAACCGUUCUCAUCCACCGGUGAUUUGAGCUCUCCGCUUUCUGUGAUAUAUAAAUGGCGAUUGGAACAAGAGCACUACAUGAAAGACCGAAACGGUGGGCUGGGCAUGUCAGAUGCUGCAGUCAAAACUUUCGUAGACCGAUACAUUCCGGGUUACGUUUUCUUCGGAGACGGACCGCAGUUGGGCUUCGGUGAGGACAAACCGUCUUGGCUGGGGAAAUCUCUACGUAUUCUCAUAGACGAGAGAAGACUUGUUGUGCAAACGCAAUCUUUUUAAUCCUUAUAUUACUCGAAGCCUGCGCGUCCCGGCCAAGUCAAUGAAUGACGCGUUACGCGUAAUAAUUGCUUUAGUUUGUAGCGCACGUGCCCUUUACAUCAAUCCUCGCCUUGUCGCAGACUCGCAUGUCGUGACCUUGCUCUCUACGGCGAAAUCAUGUCCUCUCCACCCUUUUUCAGUAGCAAUGGCAAUGCGCGCAUCUCAUCCGCCUCCUUUUCCCAUUCUUCUUCCUCCUCCGCCCCCAUAGGCUCCUUCCCCAGCUCGAUCUCCGCCACUCAGUCACUUUCUACCUCAGUGUCGCGUUACUCGCGCUCGCGACAUGCACCGAAGCCCAUCGCCCUCCGCGCCCCCGUCAUAAAUCCCUAUGAUAAGUUCACUCAACCCCAGUUUGACGAAUGGAUCGGAGAUAUCACGAGCGCUCUCAAGGGCGCGCUCGGGUUUCGCGCCGAGACGAGUGCGGACAAAGUAAAGACGAAGAAGGAGUGGCAUGUGGCGCGGAGUGCGAGCGAAGACGUAGAGGAGGAGGACUACGUGCGACAACCUACCACCGCAGACGCGAAAGGCAAAGGGCGCGACCCACGCGAGGGACCUGGACUUGGUCGGGGCGACCGCGACGCGCCUAUCGAAAUUGACAUGGAAUCUGACGAGGAUGAGGUUGAUGAUGGGAAUGAGGAAGGACAAGACAGCGGAGCGGAGUAUGACGAAGAAGCGGACGAAGGGGGACCGCGACUACGGUUGCGUCUACGAGAUCUGGAGGGCGAGGAGGAGGAGGAGGAUGAAGAGGGAGUGGAUUAUGAUCUCGAAGAAGGGGAGGAGGAGGAACUAGAAGAGGAUGAUGAUGAGGAGGAUGACGACGACGAAGAAGAAGAAGAGUUGGCCAUCAGACACGGGGAGAGCUCAGCUCGCGCGCACGCGCGUUGGUCGCGGAAGCACAACGUUUCAGCUCGAGAUGACGAACCAGCCGAAGAUGAGGAGCCGGAGGAAGAGAUGGAUGAAGCCGACAUCGUCGAGGUUUAUUCGGACGAGGACAUGGUCCAGAACCACGAAGAGCUGGCGCUAAACAGUCCCUUUCUCAGGUAUGAAAGUCACGAAGAUCAAGACGAAGCUGAGACCGGUUCGGAAUCCGAGAAGGAGAAUGAAUAUGCGCCACCUGUCGAGACAGUUUACUUGAUGCAAGACAAGCAGAUGGACGAAUUGGCUGAAGAGGACCAGAUCGGCUCUUCCCCGCAUGCGGAUCCGUCUGAGGUGGUAGCUGAUUACGACGGCGACGACGAACAAGUGAAGCCGCUAGGCUCCUCUCCACCUCCCAUCUCAACAAACGAGCAUCUGACACUUGCCGAACUACUGCAAGCCGAUAUAGACGCUGGCGAUGACGAGCUCGCCGUGGAUUAUGCUGAUGUUCUUCCGGGCUCAAGUCCGAUCGCGACAUCAUCCCCAGAUUUCGGAGUUGAUGGUGCGUCUGCCUUGAAGGCUUCACUCCGAUACUCAGGAUGCUCAGCCACUGGCUGGGAUGAUACCCUUCACUAUCAAAAUGACGACGACGAAGACAACGAAGACGGCGAUCCCAGGAUUCCACCGCUAGAAAUCUUCGACGACUCGAGCGACGAGUUGCCGACGUUUGAAGCGGUGCCUACGGAUCCGAGCGCGCCUCUCACGGCUUCUGAACAGGACUAUUAUCUGCAGAUUGGCGUUGGUUUCGGCUAUGUCGUGGAAGAAGCUGAAAGCGAGACAGAAGGCACAGACGGGCAGUCUGAAGCUCGCGUCAUUUCGCGCACCGUGUCUAUCGAACCGCAAAACCGCGUUUUCUUUGUGGAGGAACCUAUGACGGACUACGAUGUUGAAGAACAUGCUGAAGAUACCGAGAGAGAAGAGCCUGAUCUCAACGGAGAAGUUGAAGGAGUCACAAACCCCUCCAUCUCGCGCAAUAUCUCCGUCGAGCCUCAUUCGCGAUUGUCUACAGAAGAAGAGCCGACGGAGGAGAGACACAUGAAGAUCAGUGCGGGUGUCACGACUGUCGUCGAGGAAGUUGGAAACAAUGCAUGUACUGCCGAGGCGUCCGAAAAAGUCGAGCUGCUCGAAUCAGUUGAAUCUUCGCAAAAUGUCGAACCUUCAGAGGAUGCCGAACUCUUGGAGAAAGUCGAAUCGCUUGAACAAGCAGACCAAGCAGAACUUCUUGUGCAGGAUGAGGCCCUGGUUAAUCCUACUCUGCCCGAACACCCCAUUCAUGGGGACCAGACCAUUUCUCCUCUACUCGACCCGAUUCCGAUGCCAAUCCUUGCCAACGAAAAUGUCGCCGACCCUUAUCCCGGCUCGCCCCCGCUAGUCCAAACUGUGCUCCCCUCUCUGUUACUGGCCCGGACAACGUCUGCAAGCUUGUUCACUCCCGUCUCUGGUCUCUCAUCCCGGGCAUCCAGCCCACCACCGGCUCCGGUUUCACUUGAUUUCGAUCUGAGAACGGUUGAUACCACGUUGCCAAAAUCGGAUGCACUGGAAGAAGUACAGGGAGAGGAAGCUGCUGGCAAUCGAGACUCCGAUGUCGCUGACGGGCAAGAUGAAGUCGAGUUGGGGUAUCCGAAUUCUGACGGAGGCCAGGACUUCGACAAGGACGUGGGCAAACCAUUAGCUCUUGAAUGGGUGCCAGAUGGGGCGGUCGUCGAAUCAUCCCUUGAAGAUGAAUUGAUCGGGGAUGACCGUUCUGUUUUCCAGCACCAAAGUGCGGUCUCUGACGAUGUAAAGAGCGAAGACGAUGGUUCAAUCCUUGCCAUUCCUGCCGGUGAAGAUACAAUCGCCGACAAUUCAGUCGCUGUUGUCGAUGAUACAGUUGCUGUUGUCGACGAGUCAGACACUGUUUUCGAAGAUCCAGUUACCGCCAUUGACGAUCCAGUUGUUGUCACCGAUGCGCCAAGCUCAGUCAUCGAUGACGAGCGAGCCCUCGAGAAACGGACCGUCAUUAACUCCACCACAGACGAGCAAUCCGUCGAACAACCUGUCGUUGACGAACCUGUUUUCGAGGAACGAAACUUAUUCACGGUCGACGAACGAUCGGCAGAGGAGGACGCCAACACAGCGUCGAGGGACGACUCUGGCUCCGAUGCGGAUGCGGAUGGCGACGAAGUCUCUCUCGGCGACGACUCAGAGCUCGAUACCCCCACAGUCGAAGAGCCUGUGAUUGAAUCGGUUUUCGAACCUGUCAUUGCCUCGACGGAAAUCGAUGCUGAAUCCGAGGUAAAAAAUAUUGCUGUUGAAGAAAAACCCCAACCAGAACCAAUCUCAUCUGCUGUCAUGGAUGCAAAACAUGAGGAAUCAGAAAGAACGCCUCCUGCUGUUACUCGAGAUUUUGCGGAAGUCAUCACAUCUGAUCAAGACUCUGGGACACUUAAACGCAAGCGCGACGAGAAUGACGACGACAACGAUGACCAGUCGGCGACUUCGAAAGCCAGCAAAGUCAGCGUCGGAUCCGUUGCCAGGGCUCGGUCCAAGGGUAAAGAGAAGGCUGUUGAGUCAGACGAGGAAAAUGCAGAAGAAACGUCGUCGAACUCAAGCAUGAUCUCCAAGCUUCUGGUCCCAUCCCGCUCCCCCUCACCUCGAGUUGUGACAAUACAGCGAACGGCGCAUGCCUUACCUCCUCCACCGCCUCCAGCGCCACCACCCCCGCCAGUGGCUCCGCCCACGCUUUGGCACCGACAUUCAGUGAAACCGGUCCGUCAGAACUCGAUGACGACUAUUCGACCAAGCGUUGAACGCACGCCAUCGACGAGCUCUACGUCCUCCAGUGUCGCUUCUCUUCCGACCCUGCCCGCCACAACAUCUACUAACACAUCACCAAUGACUCGGUCCCAGUGCCGAUAUCGUCGAAUCGACCUGCCAGAGGACUCGGAAAACCCAGACAGCCCUCGUAUCUGUUUCAUCGUUCCAGGCUGCUCGCUCGGCUCAUCGGAUCUAAUUGCCGAAGCGGACAUCAGAGAUCUCGGUGAUGCGACGACUGAGGACAGCCACCGGAUGGUCAGUGACAUCGAGGGACUCGACUUCAGCAGCGAUCUCAUUGGCAUCGUGCGGCAACUUGUUGGUUUGGACAUUCUCAGGGAGGGGGAGGUCUUCUAUCUGCCCAGAGACGGUGAAGAGGUCAGAGGGGUCAAGAAGCAGCUACAGCCUUUGAAAAGAGAGCGGUCGUCCAGAGUCACCAAUCCGGAUUCAAGUCCCCGUCCGCCAGUAUCAAAUGCAGGCUCAACGUCGACUAACGCAUCCGUCUCACGCGGGCGGCGGCGGGGAUCUCCGACCCCUUCAUGGGCCUAUUCCCAGCGCGGCGACUCAACCGACGAAGAGCUGGAGAGUCCCGCCGAUAGGAGGAUCCGGACAGCCGAGAUGGAAGGUGUCGCUGCGGCUGCGUCCGGAAGUCCGCUGAGGACCAGGAGGAGUCGGAGAUUGGAUGUUGAGUCUGCGGAGUACCGACCUGACCAAGAGGAUGACGUAGACGACGACCCAAAUACCAAGGCGAAGAAGAAGAAAAAGGCUAAAGGGAAGAAGCGCGCCAGGCAGUCGGAAGCCCCGGAGGACGAUGCACCGAGGAUGAAGAAACUCAAGGGCUAGUGCCGUCAUCUCACUUUGCGUGUAGUCGAUUAAGUAAUCAAAUGUCCGGCUAUACUACUUUUGCCUCGUCUCAGCUCGCGGGCCAAUCGCCAAGCGAGCACAAACGCGAUUGCGCCCCAUAUCGCCCCGAUUCUGCCGACAAUGAGUGGCAAUCUUCCAAAUGACAGUCGGCACAAACCGAAAUAUAUAUACAACCGAGUUUCUUCCCUUUUUUUGGCCCCCAUCCAGCACUGCAAAUACAAUUGCAGAAAAUCCUGUGAUCAGGAACUGAGGGAUCACGAUAAAUAUGUUGUGAAUGCCCAGAAUCACGCCAGCUUUGGCACCGAGUCCUCCGACGGCGGCGGCUCUGGGUUCAACGUCGACUAUCUCCGGCUCUGGAGCCGGCAAUCUUGGAGUGGUGACAUCGACGACACUCAUCUGUGCCAACGAGUUCCCCAAUAAGACCUGAGCCUUGCCCAUGCCUUUUGUUGGAGUAGCCGUCUCGACCGAUUCGGCGUCCUCAUCAGACUCUUCUUCGUCUUCCUCAGCGACAAGAAAGGCUUGUCGCUCGUCUUCUUCGUCUGCGACGAGGUUCGUCGCGCUACGAUGGUCCGAGAGCUGAAUAUAAUGAGCGUCAGGGGUCGGACUCGAGGUCAGGAUCGCCUCCGCUAGCUAGAAAGACAUGUCAGUGAGAGACUCGAGCACCUGACGACAUCCUGACCAGAGAAAACGGCGCCCAUUGGGUUACGCCCCAGGAAAACCCGGUACACACGAUCAAGACUGUCGCACCAGCAACACUCUGUACGAAGCUACCCAUUAUUGUCAGCAGUCUGCGCCAUCUCACGAGACACAAUGCUCACAAGCUUCCGAUCAUGCACAAUGAAAAUAUGGCAUGACUUGCAGCCCACAACAUGGGCAGCGAAAACUGCGGAAGCCACUGUCUUGUCCCUGACUUUGUGUGUGGUGAUGACGUCAUUGACGACGGUGCAGUCAAAAGAGGCAAAAGAGCGUUGGUCGCCAGAGAAAGAAUCGAAGAAAGCAGUUGCGCGUGGGCACCUAAACGGGUGGCUUCGUCCAAGUCAGCGGUUUCCUCGCGCCUGCUCGGUGGGACAUUCAUUGCCGAACGCAUAUACACGUCGGUGAUGUACAGGGUCGUGUAGAACAGAACCGGGAACCAACCGAGCCAUGCACUGCAGCACGUAAGAGAGCAGCUCGAAUCGGAAACCGACCGGAAGCCUACAAGAACUGGGUCAAGCACUGCAGCAAAUGUUCAGAUGUGAGAUUCGAGAAGAAAACGAGCGAAAUGCUCACAAUCUGUCUGAUGACUGAAGGCAAUGACCGCGCGUUGGCCCAUAUCUCACGAAACUCGUGUCUCAAUGACGGUCUGGGUGUGUCGGGUGAUCCGACAAGCACCCGCUCUUUAACAAGAAUCGCUGUGACGAGAUGGAAUCCGAGUAGGAUCAUGGAAACAAGGCCAGAGAGCGCCUGCAGCUCCGACUCUGCGUGGAGAAAAGACAGCAUCGAUACCAACGGCAAGUUUCCCACGAAAAAACCUACAACGGCACCGAGGCCCAGCAUCAGGGCUGCGCAGGCAUUUCCCGCUGCUUGUUGGGAGGGAGGCAGUGUGUCGACGACCAGCGCGCGGUCAACCGCCUGCACUGGAGACAUGGAGGUUCGGUUCAGCAAGUCGCAUACGAGGAAAAACACACCUGCAUUGAUGGAAAAGUCGAUUAGGAAGAUCGCGACGACUGCGAGGACCAUCGUGAGGGUCGAGUGCGCAGACGAGCCUGACGUGGUGAAAAGACCCGCGACGCCGCGCGUGUACCCAAGCAGCAGCAUUCCCACCACACAGAGUAGACAUCCGACAAGGAUAUAUGGCCUGCGCCGUCCGAAGCGAGAGGUGGAGGUGUCGGCAUAUGCCCCUACGAGCGGUUGCACGACGAGUCCGGAGAACGGGCCGGCCAGGAAGACGAGCGCGACAUGGGAGGUGCUGAAGCCAAGCGAGAUGAGGUAUGGAGAGCCGUAUGACAUCUCGACGCUCCAGAAUACUUGCACGCCGAGCAGUCCGAUUGUGAGUGUUAUUAGAUGUGUCCAGGGCGGACCGACUACACGAGCCUCGCCCCGCCAUUCAGAUCCUUCCAGCGAAGACCCGCCCAGCGGAGGCCCAAAUCCCCCAGCCAUAGGUCGAGUCGAUGAGCGUUAUAGUGAAGACAGGUGUUCGUUCAGUGGAUACAAUGACUACCAGCCCCAAGCGCGGCCCGCGUCCUAAAGAGGAAGGUGUCCAAAGGUCGCCAAACUUCUCACAUUUGUACCUUGCCUGACACGACCGGCCGCCUCCAUCCGCAGCAACGAGCACGACCGAGCACGUCGACCAUGAUGUCUGCCUCAGAAAUGGACCAAACGCCCGUACAAAACCUUCAGGGACAAGUUACUCGCGCGCAACGAAUGUACCAACAACUGCUUGACCACUGGACACCUUACACUCUCAAUCGCUGGCUGGGAACUGGCGGGCUGCUGUCGGUCUUUUUCCUGCGCAUUAUCUUUGCACAAGGGGCUGCAGUCUGCUACGCGCACGCAAUCUACCUGCUGAACCUUCUUUUGGCCUUUUUGCAACCCAAAUUUGAUCCGUCGUUGCAAGAAGACCUGCUCGCGGACGACGCAGAGGGCGGGACCGGUGACACGUCGUCGCUUCCGAGUUCGCGCGACGAUGAAUUCCGUCCAUUCGUGCGCCGGCUCCCGGAAUGGCAGUUUUGGCUAUCGGCCACGCGUGCAACGGUCAUCGCGCUUUUCUGCACAUUUUCAGAAGUGUUCGAUGUCCCGGUGUACUGGCCCAUCCUUGUUGUAUACUUCUUCGUCCUGUUCUCCUUGACCAUGCGGCGACAGAUCCAGCACAUGAUCAAGUACAAGUAUGUUCCCUUUGACAUUGGCCGCAAAGUGCGAUAUGGCGGUGCGAGAUGAUCACGGUGGUUGAGAGGACGGACAUGCGAAAGUUAGGUUACCUGGGUUCAUGUUCUAAUGCUUGGCUAUGUAUAGAAUCAGACAUAUUGAUGCGCAAACUGGAUGCUGUCUCCUCUGCCUCUGAUAACAUGAUAUGCUAUCGAUGCAGCUGAUCGGCUGUAUCGACCUCCAUCAAGCCACAUCGACGCCGAACGCCACGUUCCACGGAUAGCAAUAAUUCUUUCUGAUGCUGUGUGGUCCCGAGUCAAAGGGGACCCCGGAUGAAUUGAGAUGACCGCAUCUGGGAUGACGAUGAGUCUACUGCAUGAUAUCAUCCUUGCAUGAUCGUUGGGGUACCUUGCGAUGGUCAGACACUUUCCCGGACCGUGCAUGUAACAUGUGGUUCACUUCAGUCGUGCACCCAAGCGGUCAAGAUAUGGAGUGCAGUGUUGUGAGAUCCGUCCCAUGCAACAGAAUGGCGGCGCAGCCGGAUAGAGAAGGAACGUGCGUCUUCGAUCAUGGAGGCGGCGGCGCUUGACUGGCCGUCUGCUCCUUCACGAUAAGUUCCUUGACGGUGCUAAUUGCACUCUCUCUAGCCCGGAUCAGCCUUCGAGCCUUGGGAAGAUCCUGGUCUAUCCAGGAAGAGUACUCGGCAGCUUUCCGUUCAGUUCCAGCGCUUUGCUGCCGCAAGACAGCUAGCUCCGUGCGCAGUUGCUUCAGAAUGUCGUCAAGGGUGUUCAAGGUCGAUAGGGCCUCGCUGACUUCCUCCCUGCGUCUGAACUCUCGACAAACUUCGACGGUGCAUGUUUCGAUGUGGCUGAACCGAGCAGGACCAAGCAUGACACCGCCGUACCAUCGACUGACGAUAACGACCGCAUCAAGGACACCCUGCUUGCGCAUCAGACCGAGUAUUUUUUCGCCGCCCCAGCGUUCGCCUAUGUACGGCAGAUCGGGUGAACAAAGGAACAGGGAACAGCGUUGAUCACACACCAUCAUCCGAGCUACCCUCGCGCACCUCAAAGUCUUCAGGACCGCCCAAUCCAGUAGAACCUUGUUUGACCACCAUGCAACGCCAUGCACUCAUCUCGUGGGAAGCAGGUUUCAACGCAUGAACGACGUUCCGAACGUGUGUUAUGCAUGCUGAAGCUUGUGACGGUGAAGUAGCCGAGUAAAUCGUUGCUGAAAAUAGAGAGCCGCGGUCCCGGAUUUCUUGAGAGGCAGCAAGCGCUUCUGGUGGUGGCUUUUUUGAGACGAUAAAGGAGUCUAGAUUAUUUGGAGUCAUGGGUUGCGUCCAAAUUAUGCGCAGAGAUUCUGGCCGCCGACUCGGGAAUGUGCGAGUGAUCUCGAUACAGCCACUCAGUGCAUGUGAUCGAUGUCAUGUCACGGGCUACUUGAGGGAUGAAAUGAUUUCAAUGCUCUACUAAAUCCAUUUGCCAACAAAGGUUUUUAGUCUAGACGUCAUCCCCGCCUGCCGUUCCUCGACAUCGAUGCGGCUGGUGUCGGGCUGCUCCACGAUCGGCUCCUGAGGCUUCGGUUUCGAGCUGACCGUCGUUGGAGAUAUCCGGGGCCUUUGGGGUAAGGGAGAAGACUUCGGUUUUGAGCCAACGGUUGGAGGAACCCUGGAAUUUUGAGACAAAGAGGAAGGCUUCGAGUGUGGCUGUGACUUCUUUUGGUGUUCGACCUUGUUCAGUGGUUUCUCGGCCUUGGUUGAUUUCUCUUCGAGCGAUUUCGGAACACUUCGGGCAGCCCGGACUUGCAUGCGACGAUUGGUAGCAGCGACAGCAGCUUGUUUCUCCCUGAUUCUCUGCUGCUCAUCCAUAUUCCUCUGGGCCAGUUCAAGAUCUACAGCCUGCUGUUGUUCCAGCUCAGCCGCUGAAGGCUCCGGCUCGGCUUCCAGCGCGAUCUCUUGCUCGGUCACAAUCUCGGUAGUUACUUCCGAAUCCAGUGCAGCUGGCGGGAGAUCGGUAUGUGCUUCCGAUUCCAGUGAAACUGCUGGAAGAUCGACAGUUACUUCCGAUACCUGUGCAGCUGCCGGAAUGUCGACCUCAGGGUGUGUCUCCCGAGAUUCUUCUACGGAUGGAUCGGAGGACUGAACGUUCAUCCAGGGAAGCGCCGACUCGGGAACACUGGUAGAUUGGGGCACGAGCUGAUUCAAGGGUCAUUUGAUAUUGGUCUCGACAGUGCCGCAAUCGCUCACCUCGGGUCGCUUUGGUCGCGGCGAAAGAGCGUACGGAUCGCCCCAUAUCGAUAGUUGGUGCCGCAUAUGCGGGUGGUCAACCGGCGCGCCAUCCAUCCACAUGAAUCGGCGGUCAAGUUGUACGUCUCCGUCCAAAUCAGGAAGGUCCGCAAAUCCUCGCCACCUCAGAAAGCUGCGCGUGAGACUGUUGUGGAAGCGAGAGUUAUAGGAGGGCGGUGAUGAAUGCGAAGUUUGGAAGCGUCCCUGGUCUGUGGGACAUGCAUUGAGAACGCAUAGCUACCGCAAAGGAGCACGCACUUCUUUGAACGACGAACACAAUGAAUCUCGAGCCCUCUGGCGCUUUUUCAUUGUUAUCGAACUGAGUUUCCACCUCUGCAUCAACGAUUCCGUCCUGCCCCUGCAGCGAAUCCAGCCAUGGGGCCAAGUCCUCCAGACCGACGCCUCCCGAGAGCAGAUCUCGUUCGCCCACGGGGACCCGGAUUCGAAACUGAACAGGUUCUUCCGGCACGCGAGCAUACGACUCGUAGUCACGAAACGAGAGAUACGCCAUGAAUUGGUACUGGCCGCGGUCUUCUCCGUCCCGGUUGAACCGAUAUUCAGCCACACGACCGAAUUGUUGUUGAACCGCCCGAACGAGGGCAAGGGCGUCGACGGGGGAGGAUAUCCGCGUGGAGGUACGUAAGACGACAUUCCUCCAGCCCUGAAUGUGGUUCCAUUCGGGAUACUGCGCUGUUUCUUUCUGAGGUGUUGUUUGCAGACGCAUAGCAUUGUGCGGGAAUUGGGACGAGUUGGCGCGCGACGAGGAAUAGGACAAUAGUGCACGCGUCGACCCCUGAGUCGAGAUGCAGCGCCGAACAAUAUUCCUAGUCAACAUGGCUGGAGCCUGAGGCAGCCAGUGGCGGGGUACGCAGUAAUGGGUUCGGAGAACCGGAUGGCAAAAUUCCUCAUCACGUGCAACCCUAAUUCGCCGUCACGAGCCUGGAGUCCGUCUGUGAGACUGUGACCAAUACCGAUGUCUGCUUUGGACCGUUAUCGGGAGGCUCUGAAAUCAGUCUCUGCGCGCACCGGCGCGCCACUGUCUUCACUCAUACUCUCGUUUGGCAUCCUGCACGAAAUUACAGCACUGGUACCUCUGGUUGGUAUCUUCUACGGCGCGCGCACGCUGGGAGUGGGAGACCGCGUCGUCGCCGCCAUUCCCUCGGAUUCAGACAAUUGGAUGGUGCAGAGAUGCUCUCACUGGAUGGAUGACGGCCAGGAGUGGGCCGCGCGCGUCGGGCGUCGGUACGGUGUGUUCGGAUUCAAGAAGGCCGGCCGAGUACAGGAAUCUGAGAUGAAGGGUUCUGGGACCAUCGCCGGCGAUGUAGCCAACGCAGUCGUUGCUUAUGCUGCUACCAAGGCGCUUCUCCCUGUCCGCGUAGCAGCCUCAUUAUAUCUUGCCCCCGCCUUCUCGCGGACGUUUCUCAAUCCGGUCCGCACCGUCCUGGUUCGCGUUCUCAAGAAGAGGAAAUGAAGCCGCUAGGUGUCGGGAAUGAGUAAGGACAGAGCGGAGGUCUAGAGUUCCCGUGGAAGGUACUCGGCAGAUCUACUGGAAACCUCCGGUCGACAGAUGGUGCUAUUUGCUACUGCGGCUUUGCCUGGAAGCCUGGAUUUUGGGGGAGGAUGGAAUAGCUACUUGGUUAGGAAACGAAGAUAUUUGUACUUAGCGCGAGAGCCAGCUGCAAGUGGACUAGAAGGCUGCGCUGAUGAAAGACUCUGAGGUAAGGCUUGAUCGAUCAUUGAAUUGAUCAACAUAUUAAACCUUGCACUUUUACUUAUCGUUGACGACGUUCUACUACGACAUGUCCGCCUACGGUGCGAUCGCUAAAGCCUCAAGCACGGAGGGCCUCCUUCCGUCCACCGUCUGGAUCGCCGGGCGCUCUUCCACCCCAGGCAAUCGGUCCGCGAUCACAAUUCAUCAUCUCACCCAUUCGACGGCGCAGAAGGAAGGGGGGCUGAUCGGAUACCUCGGUGGAGUAAUGGCGCAGGUGAUUGAAGAUGGUCGAACAUACCCCCAAGAAGUGAUGCCUCUGGAUGCGUUCGAGGGCUAUUUCUUCGCCGGAGAUGUAUUUCUGGCUAUCGCCCGGCUCGAUGAUACCGGUGACACGGUCUCUGAGGGGGCCGCGACUGCAUUGACUCUGGAUGAAGCUCGGGGUCAACGAUCGUGGGAGGAAUGCGUCGCGGGCUAUUAUUAUGUGAAACCCAACUAUCCCGGCAGAUCAUCACACAUCUGCAACGGAGGAUUUGUUGUGCCCCCGAUCCAGCGCGGACAUGGAUACGGAUCCGCUUUAGCCAAAUCUUUCCUGCACUAUGCGCCCAAAUUGGGCUACCAAGCGAGCGUCUUUAACUUGGUCUACACCAAUAACACAGCCUCUGUCAAGCUCUGGGAGGGCCUCAAUUUUCAAAAGGCCGGUUUGAUCCCCAAAGCGGGACGGCUUGUCCGCGCAGACGGAGCGGGUGAAGAAUAUGUCGAUGCCUGGGUGUUUUACAAAAGUUUUGCGGAUGGCAAUCAGUAACCCCUCUUGUUGAGUCCUGAUACAAAACGGAAUUUGAGUGAAUCAUGCCCCUCAUUCAACCCUGUCAUUCGCAGUAUGCACCAGAGCUUGCAUCUCGUUCCGCAAGUGCCGGAUGCAAUGCUUGGUAUCCAUUGCUCGGUGAACCAUCCUGAUACUUUCUCACCAAUGCCGGAUGGUCCGCGUGCAGUAUUGUAUCCUUCCCAGACGGCCUCUACUCGGCUGCUGAUCAGAUAAUUCCAUACCAGAAUUCUA